AAAUACGGACGGUGGGCGGCCGGGCCUUCGCGCGUCUCAAAGAGGGAGCGCUAAGCCUCGUUCCCUUUUCCCACCCCGCACUGCUAGCAACGAAUUCUGUUCUGUUACCAGUUUUCUAGUCUUCUCUUACAGGCUGUUUUUGCGAAUUAUCUUUUCUUCUCCCCUUUCUCCAUCCUUUAACGAGCUGAAUCUCCUGCAAAUUCAUCAUGAUUCUCCAACAGCUCUUCAGGUUUUCUUACAUUUUCCGUUCAGCUGUCUCCAUCCACUUGCACAGAAACAUUGGCUUUUCUGCUGUUGUGUUCAAUAAGGCAAAGGAACUUGAUCCUGUGCAGAAACUCUUCUUGGACAAGAUUAGAGACUACAAUACAAAAAGCCAGAAAGCUGGUGGCCCUGUUGAUGCUGGCCCAGAAUAUCAGAAAGAUUUGAAUGAAGGAAUUGCUAAACUCCAACGAUUAUAUGGUGGUGGAGACUUAACCAAAUUUCCAGACUUCAAAUUUGAAGAACCCAAGUUUGAAGAAGAUCAGAAGUGAUGUGAAGGACGUGUCAACCCCAAGCAGCAGUGUCAGGUUGGAUGGGUUCCAUAGGUCUGCAGUUGUAACUUAAAUAAACAGUUCAUUGUUCAAA